CAUGUUAUGAAGAAGAUUUCGAUCCACAACAUGCCUGCAAAGGAAAGGACGGCCACUGAGCAGGAGGUCAAGGUUCUGCAAAGACUUCGACAUCCUGGAAUAGUCUGCUAUGAAGAUAGUUUCAUUCACAAGAAUAGACAGCUUUGUAUCGUGAUGACCUAUUGUGAGGGCGGGGAUCUCGCUACUGUCAUUGAGAAGCGAAGGAUGAGGGCUUUUCCCGAGAAUGAAGUCGUCAGUUGGUUUCUGCAAAUUGCACUGGCACUGCAGUACAUGCACGAGGAGCACAUUCUUCAUCGUGAUCUCAAGACGCAAAACAUCUUUCUUACACGAAACAACAUCAUCAAGCUCGGUGAUUUUGGGAUCGCAAAAGUUCUCGAGGGAACUUUGGAAAUGGCAAAGACAGUCAUUGGAACGCCAUACUACAUGUCACCUGAGCUUUUCCGUAAUCAACCAUAUUCUUUCAAGUCUGAUAUUUGGUCGUUGGGGUGUGUUCUGUAUGAGAUCGUCUCUCUACGACAUGCAUUUGAGGCUCGAGACAUGAAUUCAUUGGUUCAGAAAAUUCUGCGGGCUUCUUACGGACCAAUUCCAGCCACAGUCUCGAAGGAAUUGCGAUCGCUUUUGAAAAAUAUGCUUUCUCUAUCACCACAAUCCCGUCCCAGUGUCAACGAGAUCCUUGCUCUCCCUUUCAUUAGGAAGGAGAUGGGUGCCUACGUGCAGUAUCAGUUGGGUGACGAUUCAGCUGCAAAUUUGCUUCGAGAUGACCCCAAGUUGAUGGGAUUCAUUCAACAAGAGCAGAAUCGUUUGGAACAGCAAGCACGAAAGCUUGGGUUCGAUAUAAAGAAGAAAUCUCACAGCGG